AGCUGUAUCCAGUGGGGAGGUAGGCUCAACCAGGGGAGGAAAGAAUGAAGUUCACCAAACCCUGGGGACGCCAGAGGCUGUCUUUUCUUCUGGAAAAGGCUGCUUCUAGGGAAGCCAAGAUGUGGAAGACCUAUGUGCCAAAGAAGCCCUCCUUUCAGGAUACAGACAUCUCCCCUGCCCAGCGAGAUGAGGCAGUGCGCUGGUUGAUGGAGCUCCAUGGCAGACUGCAGCUGUACCCAGAGACCCUGGUGUUAGCUGUUAGCACCCUGGACCGCUUCCUCGCACCCAUCAAGGCCCGUCCAAAGUACCUGCGCUGCAUUGCCAUCGCCUGCUUCUUCCUGGCAGCCAAGACAUGUGAGGAGGACGAGUGUGUGCCCUCCCUGAAGGAGCUGGUGGCCUCCAGCAGCUGUGGCUGUUCUCCAUCAGAGAUCAUGAGGAUGGAGAGGAUCAUUUUGGACAAACUGAACUGGGAUCUGCACACUGCCACAGCACUGGACUUCCUGCAUAUUUUCCAUGCAAUGGUGAUGUCAUGUCGUUCUGGCUUUUUGGACUCCAUGUUGUUGGGAUUGAACUGCUCUCAGCACCUUGCCCUGCUCACACAGCGACUCUACCACUGUCUGUCUGACCACACGUUUAUACAGCUCAGAGGAUCUAUGUUGUCCUUGGCCCUCAUCACUCUGGAGCUGGAGACCUGCUGUCCUGACUGGCUGGCUCUCACGCUUGACCUGCUAAGGAAGGCACAGAUCGACAGCUCUGAGCUGAUCAGGAGUCGAGAGCUAGUGGCUCGUAGUCUGUCCACAUCGAGAGCUUCCCUGCCUCCAAACACUGUCUACAUCUACCAACCCCUGCAGAGCCUAACCACGCUGCAGCCUCCGGCCCCGGACCUCAGACUCACCUGCUGUACACUGGGGACCAUCACUUCCACCACGGAGUCUUCCAGGGACCACGUCCUCAUCACCACCUCCGCUGCCCAGACACAGAGACCUGCAGGAGCUGAGGAGGGCAGCCAGCAGCCUUGGAGCUCCAUCUGCUCCUCCUCUGACAGCAGCAUCCCAGCUCUGCUCUCCCCGUCCAGACACCUCCCCCGUCUUAAGCACCUGCAGAAGGCCACACUGCACUGCAAGGCCUCUGCCAAGCGCAAGGUGGAGGAGAUGGAGGUGGAUGACUUCUAUGAUGGCAUAAAACGCCUCUACAAUGAAGACACCACCACUGUCCAGGAGGGCACAACACCUGCAAUGGGGGCGAUAACAGAUGGAGGAGGGAGUCUGAGUGUCUGCAGUGUCCCGUUGUCCCGACAGGAUGGCAGCUCCUCCCCCUGCCCACCUCUGCAGCCAGUCAGUACCUCCUAGAGAUCAGACAGGGAGCCGCUUACCAAAACCACCUUAACACUGACAUCAUCCUGUUUCUCCUCCAGAUUAAACUCCUCCAAUCAAAGAUUCAAAUGAUCUUUAGUUUUUGGCUCGAACAGUGGCAUUUAGACUUCUUGGAGCAACAGUGAUGGGAAAUUUUUACAAUAGGCAAUGAAGUCAGAGAAAGAAGAGAUUUUGUUUCCACAAAUUAAAAAAAAAAGCAAUAUAGAGGCAGCUCCAAGGGAAAUGUUGCAUUAUAGUUGGAGAAAAUUGUUCUUUAUGUCACUGCUCUUAAUGAAACAUCCAGCAAAGAAGAAACUAUUGAUGUAAAAAGAAAUAAAGCAGUGAUGUCAGCGGUUAAGAUGGUUUUGAUUUCGGUGCAAACCACCACAGCUGUCCUGAGGUCAGGUCCAUCAUCCCUUGCAGCUGGAAAACAGAGCCCAAAAAAAUUAAACAUUCAUAAUAAUUUUAAAAACCUGCUGCUACUAUCUUAUUAAGGAUAUUUAACACAAACAUUACAACAUUACAAAAGGUAAAAAAAAAAAUAUAAACAGAAAAUUACCUUUAAAAAAAAAAAAACUAAAAUUCGUUCCCGUUUACCCCAGUGUCUCAAUCUGUCCUGUUACAGAACAUUUUUUGAAUGUUUGUCAACUUAUAUUUGUUCACAUUUUGAACUCUUUGCAGUCAUUUGACAUUUGUUUAUAUUCUGUCUUCUUCCCUUUCCUUCCUCACGCUGCAUGUUUUCAUCUCUAUAACUUAUUCAGAUGUAUCAAUGUUUCUGUAUAGAUGAUUAUCUAUAGUACCUGCCCAGAGAGAAUUUCUUCUUAGUGAAGUGCAAUUUGAUUAAGAUAAUAUAAAUGCCCUUUCUAUGACUCCCUUUGUUUUGUUUCCCUUCCCUUUCAGCUUGUUGUGACAGCUUGACUGAAUGAAAGUUUCUCAAGUGGUUUUAUUCACCCACACACAUGAAAAGUCCAAGUGGCGCUGCCAUUUAAAUGUGGUUUAAUGUUUUGGGGCCCAAGUCAUCUGCAGCUGACAGACAAAUUGGUAACUACUGUCCUACUCUGUGGGUGGAGGUAACCACAGUCUGCUGCUGUACGCCCCCGCCCACCUGCCAGUUCUAGUGUUUAAACAAAUGCUGUCCUAAACAAGGACCUAUAGUACUUGUCCCAUCAGGGUCUUGUUCUUUAAGCCUGGCUUAAUUAACCCAGGCUAAUUAAUUUGCAAUAGUGCAAACAGAGACAAAGAAUGUUUUCCCCAUAACCUACUUGUUCUCUUCCAAAACCAUACAAGUCUUGGUCAUGAUGACUUGUUGCUAUGACAGUGGCUCUAUUAAAGGUUCGUCCUUGUAUGAGGAACAGGGUAUAAAUCAGACUGCAUGUGGCUUCUGUGUUGAAGCAACAAGGAGGAACUAAAAGUUCUGGCUUACAUGGUCUUGUAAUAAAAACAACCUUGAGAUAUUAAAAGCAUUUUAAUAUUAAACUAAGAGAAAGAAAUGUGGUUUUUGAGAUCUGAGCUUCGGGAGGAGAUUUGACUGUCUUUAUUUUGAAAAAAUAGGCUAAAACACAAUGUUUUUACUUCAAAAAGUAAUGUUUAAUAUAUUUUCCUGCAAAAAAGCUCUGUUGUUCCUGCUGUAGGAGCUGCUGGUGGCUGCUCAAGGUCCCUGAACUGCAGCACCGAUAAAUAAAGAGUAUGAAAACUGA